CAUAAUCAGCCCCAUCUUGUAGGUGUAAGCUGAUUUUCAAAUUCACGAGCGAGUUGAAUCAUGGCGGCAGAGACUAUGAACGGCUACUGGGAUAUUGUUGUAUCAUCUCUUCAAGAUAUAUGUAAUGCAAAUGACUCUCUUUCUUUCGACGAAUUGAACCGCGAAAACGACGAGCACAAGCUAGACUCUCUUAAUGAGGCCGACCUCGAGAAGCUUAAGGAGGACAUCAACGAUCAUCUUCAGAAUAUUGGUACGGCAAAGCGUAUAAUAUCUACAUCUCAAGAAAAUCUCCAGACACUCAUAUCAGCCGCCGAAAAGAUACAACAACAACAACAACAACAACAACAACAGCAGAAGAUCCAAGCAUCGACCACGGGGAGACCAUCUCGAGGGCUGGUAGGUGGCAAAUUGGGUAGAGGAAAUACUAAAAAGGGAGUUGCUAAUCAGGGUAGGCUGUUUUGGGUGUCUAAGUAUGACUCCGGUGAACCGAUAAUUCUAGGCUCGGGAGUUGCGUACAAGCUAAAAAAUCGUCAUUCGGACGAGUGGAUCCAAUGUGAGGUUACCAAAAUCUUGGCUGACGGUACUAAGUAUGAAAUCAGAGAUCCCGAGCCUGAUGAAAAUAACAAUCCGGGACAAAAGUUCAAAGCAACGUACAAAGAAAUAUUGCCUAUUCCUCUGCGAAGUGAAGCCCCGAAUUUACUAGCAUACUCAUACAACUCAAAAGUUCUUGCUCGGUAUCCCGAGACCACAACGUUCUAUCCUGCAAUAGUCGUUGGUCAUAAGAAAGACGGCACAGUGAGACUCAAGUUCGAUGGGGAAGAGGAGGUCAACAAGGAAACCGAGGUCGAAAGAAGGCUCGUGCUUCCAUUUCCAGAGAGAUAAAUAGUGGUUUAUAUCUAUAUGCUUGGCAGUAUUUUUACUCAAUUUUUACUCAGGGCGAGGGAAAUUCUUUUCGUGUUGUCCAUUGCCGAUGUAGACCAAAUUUCACUUUUGAAAAUAUAGUGACAAGUUUUGUGAGUCAUUGAAGAUGUGAAGCAAAAUUUUGAUUUUUUCAGAUUUAUGAAACCACUAAAAAGAAUUUAA